ACGAGAGUCUAACAAAAUUAGAUUUUUCAUUUUAUGAUUUUUCUAUGAUUUAUUAUGUUUUUAAAGAUUUGAUGUUAAUAAAUAAAAAAGAAAAAACAAAAUCACCCUCCAAAACCACUUGAGGGGGUAUUUAACCGGUUCAAAAAGUUUAGAGGGUAGAAUAUCCGGUUUUAUAGUUCAGCGGGUGAAGUAGACUACACUAGAUAGUCGAGGAGGUUAGGUAGACUUUUUUCUUUCUAGAUUGGUGGGAUAGAGUGAGUAGUGCUGCUAGUGAGUUACUAAUGCAAGGAAUCAAUUCUCUUAUAGUUUUUGGAGCAUGGACUAUAUGGACUCAUCGUAAUAGGUGUGUUUUUGAUGGAGCAGCCCUUGAUAUUGCAAGAAGAUUGUUGCUGGAGAGGAGUGAAAACUAUGGUCAUUAGCAGGGGCUCGGGGAAUUUCUCUCCUGACUGACCGUUAUUCAGAAAGCUAAGAUCCUAGUGCUAUUGUCGAUCGUCCUUUGAAACAGACAUGAGCACGCUUCUAUGCUUAAGAUCGGAAGUACGGGUGAGUUUUGUGUGAGUUGGCGUGAGUCGGUGUGAGUGUGCGGGCUUACCUUAUUGGCUAGCCUGGGGUGUGCUGUAUGGGUUCUUUUCCUUUUCCUUUUACUUUUUAAUAUAAUGAUGCACAACUCUCUUGUGUUUUUCAAGAAAAAAAAAUCAAUGUCAUUGAUAUAUGGUUUGAUAUGAGAACAUUUUUCCAUGCUCCAUAAACUAUUAAAAACAAUUACUUAUCCUAAUGCAUGCAUGCAUGUUUACUUAUCUAUAGAUAGUGUAUAGCAUUAUGCUUAUCUUUAAUGUAAUAAUAGGAGAAGUGUUUAAUGUAGUAAACAUACACAAUCAAAGUAUUUAUAUUUAAAUUUUGAGAGAUUUUUAUUUAGUUUGUACAACCACACAUGUGGGUAGUUUAGAUAUAAACUGAGUGUAUAACUUUUAUAUUAUUUGUUUAAUUGUGUGUGUAAUUUAGAUGUAAACUUAGGAAUUAUUUAUAGCAUUUUAAGUAGGGGUGGACUUUUAGAUAUAAGUUUAAGGAGUUAUUUUAAAGCCUGUUUGGCACAGCUCAACAACUUCAUGAGUUCUUGUGAGCUCUUUUUUUUCUUCUCCUAAACCCUAAACCUAAAAACUCAUUUCCAAAACAACUUUAUGGGUGAAGUUGUUUUUCUCCAACUAUCACAUAAUGAGUUAAGAUGAAGCUGAAUAUAAUAGCUUAUCCAUCUCUCUAUCUCUCUCUCAAAAGUUGUUGUUGAAGCAAUUUUACCAAACACUUUUAAAAAAAACAACUCAGUUUCACUAAAAAAAGUUGCUUGUGAUGCUAUUUUUUUUUAAAAAAAAUCACUACUAAAGUUGAGAUUUGUCAAACAGACCCUUAAAUUAUAUUUUAUAAUGAUAUGUGUUUAAUUUAUAUACUUAGAGGGUUAUUUGAAAUUAUUUAUAAUAAAAGAUGUGAGUACUUUACUUGCAAAUUAGUUUUUUUUUUAUUUACAAUGGCAGAUGUGGGUAAGUUUUUAUCAAACAGAAUCGAUCUAAUGACUUUACUGACGAUGAUUAUGAAAGUGUACCAAAUUGAAAGCCAAAUGUUUCUGAUCACUGUGAGUAUUUUUCUUUGACUUAUGUUUUUUCCUAGCACAUCCCGCGAGGAUUAACAUAGAGCCAAAUAUGUUUGUGAUUCUCAUGAAAAUAAACAUGGAGGAUUUUUUGUUGCCAUAGAAGCAAUCCAGCAUAGUGGAGCCUGCCGGAUCGACAUGACAUGUUUGCUCCAAUGAUCCUUUCUUCAGGCUGCGGCCUGCAGGACACCAGUAGCGUUGAGCAGAGCAAACUCCGAGUCGAGUCCCUGCAGUCUCGCACUGGCAGUCUGGCAGCUUAAUCGUGCCAUCCUAACUAAGCUCACGCCGCCAGCAUGAACGGCGAACCACCUCACGCCAAAGGGCCUUUGCCAUCUGAACCGCUUCGCCGUGCAGGGAUCGUUUGGAUGACAGAUAGGCGGCGUGUUCCGCGCGCGAUGCUCGACCGGACCUCGUCGCGCAUGCAUUUUGGUUAGCUCCCUGGCUUCUCCGGUUCCAUGAGGCGCAGGGAUUCGCCGCGCGCGUGUUCACGAACACCAGCAGCACAGCCGUAUAGAGAGCCACUGUAAACGUCGCUGCGACGACGAUGGCGCUGCUGACCGAGAGACAGCCGCAGCCGGAGAAGAAGGCGCCACGGGGGGCGAGGCCGAUGUCGGGGAAGGGCGUCGUCGUGCUGUGCGCCGCGAGCUUCUUCGUUGGGCUGCUGCUCAGCGGCCGGGUGACGCUGCUCACACCGCCGUCGUCGAACUCGCCUUCAGGCUCGCGCGGCUCCAGGAUCCCUCUGUUCUCUGAUGGCUGCGACCAGAAGAGUAGGCGUAAGCUGGACGAGAGCAGCCCCAAGGACAUCAUGAAGGAGGUGUCAAGAACUCACCUAGCAAUCCAGUCCCUGGACAAGUCGGUGUCGUCGCUGGAGAUGGAGCUGGCCGUGGAACGAGCCAAGCAGAACGGGGGCCUCGGCGUGAGCGUGCCGUCCAGGGGCGGCGGCCUCCCGAAGGCGUUCGUGGUGAUCGGCAUCAACACGGCCUUCAGCAGCAAGAAGCGGCGGGACUCGCUGCGGGACACCUGGGUGCCCCGAGGGGACAAGCUGCGGCGGCUGGAGAAGGAGAAGGGCGUCGUGGUCCGCUUCGUGAUCGGGCACAGCGCGACGCCCGGCGGCGCGCUGGACCGCGCCAUCGACGUGGAGGCCUCGGCGACGGCGGACUUCCUGCGGCUGGACCACGUGGAGGGCUACCACGAGCUGUCGGCCAAGACGCGGACCUACUUCGCCACCGCCGUCGCCACCUGGGACGCCGACUUCUACGUCAAGGUCGACGACGACGUGCACGUCAACCUGGGCAUGCUCACCAGCAGGCUCAACAAGUACAGGGCCAGGCCUAGGGUCUACAUCGGCUGCAUGAAGUCCGGCCCCGUUCUGUCGCAGAAGGGCGUCAAGUACUACGAGCAGGAGUACUGGAAGUUCGGCGACGAGGGCAACAAGUACUUCCGCCACGCCACGGGCCAGAUCUACGCCGUCUCCAGGGACCUCGCCUCAUACAUCUCCAUAAACCAGCCGAUCCUGCACCGGUUCGCCAACGAGGACGUGUCCCUCGGCGCGUGGCUCCUCGGGCUGGAGGUCGAGCACGUCGACGAUCGGAGCCUCUGCUGCGCCACGCCACCAGACUGCGAGUGGAAGAAGCAGGCCGGGAACGUGUGCGCGGCGUCGUUCGACUGGUCGUGCAGCGGCAUCUGCAAGUCCGUCGACAGGAUGAGGGCCAUCCACAACGCCUGCGGCGAGGGCGACGGCGCCAUCUGGAGCGCCGCCAUCUGAACUCCCAUGAUCCACCAAAACAAUGAUCAGAACUAGCUUCUUUUAAAAGUUUGUUAGUUUUUUUGGGUUUGCUUCCUCUAGAAUUUUCUGGAACUUGGAAACCAUCAUUCAUGGAAGGGUAGCAUAUAGCACUGUCUCAGAAAAUCAGAGCUGAGAUACAUCAUACAGCAGGACCAGCCACCUGCAUUCUCAUGAUGUGCUAUUAUAUUGCCGCAGUCUAGUGGAGUGCUACUACCAGUACACGAGGUGGUUGUCCGCAUGUGCUUGUGGAAUCCCAGGGCCCUGCUGUUUAAUUCUGCAAAAUUGCAAUGGAGUUCGAAGAAUUCCUUUUCCA